GUUUAUUCACUUAACAUAAACGACAGAUAAUGUGUCCUGUUGUUGAAAUAACUAAGUACCUACCUUACUAGCAUAUAAAAGACACACUUAAAUUCUUUUCGUGAUAGUUGAACCAGUGCAUCGACAAAUGUGUAGCGGGAAGUAUAAAAAAGUGGAAUGCCUAUAAUUGUGUUUUACGAAAUAAAAUAAAUUAAACGAAAUUAAUGAACAAGAUUUGAAUUUAGUGUUACAAAAGUUUGAAAAUACUAUAUUUGUUUGGUUUAUAAAAAAGAAGAUGGCGGAACUUUCUAAAGACCAUACUCUCGAUGACGUGUUAAUGAAAACAGGUGAUUUUGGAAAAUAUCAAAUUGUCGUUUUUGCCGUGGUGAAUGUUGCUGUAAUGUUGCAUUCUGCCGUACACAAUGCAUUCGUUUUUACAGCGUUAAACGUUAAUUACAGAUGUGCUAUUCCAGAAUGUGAUUUGAAUUCUACAGUAUUUGAACCAACGUGGUUAUCCGUUGCAGUACCUUAUAAUGGUAAAUACCCGGAAAAAUGUAAAAAAUUUUUCAACACAAACGAUCGAUUCGAUUCCUGCACUCCUGAUACUUUCGAUCGUAAUCGACAAAUAAAUUGCUCUUCGUUUAUUUAUGAAACCACAGAAUAUAGUAUCCUACACGAGUAUAAUUUACAAUGCGAAGAAAACCUUUGGAAAUUAUCUAUGGUAGGUACUGUCAAUAAUAUCGGACAGUUCGUUGGAUUGUUUAUCGGUGGAUUUAUUUCUGAUAGAUAUGGACGGAAAUUCCUUUUGGUGUGGGGUAUGUUACUUUGUGCAGUUUUCGGUCUUUCAAGAACAUUCAUGCCAACUUACGAAUUGUUUUUAUUAUUUGAAUUUUUAGACGCCGCUUUUAGUGCAGGAACUUAUAUCUGUGGUUUCGUGUUAGGGGUCGAAUUGGUGGGUCCUAAAAAGCGAGUUAUCACAGGGAUUAUAUCUAGUUCAACUUAUGCCGUUGGAGAAAUGUUCACGGCUUCGGCUGCUUGGAGUGUCCAAUCUUGGAAAAAAAUUAUAUAUAUUCUGUAUACUCCGAUAUUUUUGUUGAUAUCCUAUAUUUGGAUAGUACCAGAAUCAGUACGUUGGUUGUUAUCCAAAGGACGAACAGAAGAAGCCAAAAGUAUAUUAAGAAAAGCCGCCAAAUGGAACGGGAAACAUUUGCCAGAAGAAGUUCUUGAAAAAUUGAGUUACAUAGAUGCCAGUGAAACUACUAAAAAAAACGAAAUUCUCAAUGCCUUAAAAUCUAGAAUACUAUGCGUAAGGUUAAUAAUAUGUUCGUUUUGUUGGAUCGUAUGUGCGUUCCAAUUUUACGGCUUAACAUUGAAUUCUGUGACACUAGUACACGGUAAUAGUUAUCUAGAUUUCAUGUUAACGGCUCUAAUCGAAAUACCCGCUUAUAUAUCUUGUCGUUACAUAUUGGAUAUCUUCGGAAGAAAAAAAUCUUUAUGCGGAUCUUAUUUAAUCACCGGUGUAGCAACCGCUGGUUAUCUAAUCAUUCCCGAAGAUUCUCGAGCUGGUAGUUUGGCGAUAUAUUUAUUAGGUAAAUAUGGCGUGACCUGCGCGUUUACGAUUUUAUAUGUUCACACUAGCGAAAUGUUUCCGACAAAUUUGAGACAUACUUUCAUGGGUACUUGUUCGACGUUGGGGAGAAUUGGGUCUAUGGUUUCACCACAGACGCCUCUUUUGGCGCAAAUUUGGAAACCGUUGCCUUUCAUUAUAUUCACUGUCACGGCUUGGUUGGCUGCUCUUUUAACCCUCACCUUUCCGGAAACGUCAAAUAUUAAGCUACCUGAUACUGUAGAACAGGCCGAAAAAAUAUUGAAAUUAAAAAGAAGAAUUGAAGAUUGACAAACGUGGUACAAAUUGUGAGAAGUAUUAUGACAUCCAGUGGUGUUUAUUUACGUCGAAAUUUAUAUUAUUUAUAUUUUUUUGUUAUUUAUUACAUUUAUUAAAGGGUUUUAAUAAC